CGUGUGCCAAACUCGCUGCUCGCGCGACUUGAUAGCGGCCGAGAUCCCUCCGCAGACAAGGGCUGUCGCGUGUCUUCUCCUCUCGCUUUCAGCAGAAGUCCGGGUUUGCUAAGUCUCCAAAUUAACGUUUGGAACCUGGGCGGGCGGGCGAGCGAGCGAGCGAGCGUCCUAUGCGUGCACCGCCGCCUUGAGCGCGCUUGAAGAUGUCCUCUGCUUUGGAGACCAGCUACUCUGACCUUGACAACAGCAGUGACGUGUCCUUUUGUGUCACAGAUGAUGAAGGGAGCCUCGGGGGCCUGCAGAUCCCUUCCCUGGCUUUUCCCAAACACGUUGCCUCCCCAGAGCCUGGCUCCCAGAGGUGCGAAGAAGAGAAAGAACGGGGGAAGAGGCGAAGGGGACGCACCAAGGUCAAGAACGAAGCUGUCCUUCACACCAUCAAAAAGACCAGGCGGGUCAAAGCCAACGACAGGGAACGGAAUCGAAUGCAUAAUCUCAAUGCGGCCCUGGAUGAGCUCCGGAGCGUCCUGCCCACUUUUCCAGACGAUACUAAGUUGACUAAGAUUGAGACCCUGCGCUUUGCCUACAACUACAUCUGGGCCCUUUCGGAAACCCUGCGGCUGGCUGAUCAGUGCCGUCAGAAAGCCCCCAAAGAGACGGUGCUGCCUGGUUUCUUGGGUUCCACCGAUCCAGCCAGCCCUGGCAGUGAUGCUGGAUCCUGGAUUUCCACAGCAUCCCCUGCCACCUCUUCUCUCUCUGCCUGCACUUCAAGUCCCAGCAGCCCAGCCACCUCUGAAGACUAUUGUUAUGGGCCGGGUGACAGCCUCUUCUCCUUCCACAGCCUGCCCAAAGACUUGCUGCAGAAUACAGCUUGUUUUGUGCAGUACCAUUAGAAGGCAGAAGGCAACGGCGACCAAGGGUAUUUGUCUCCCAGAAGCAAAAGUUCCCAAGCAGCCAUUGCUUGUUCUGGGGACUUGGUCCAGCUGGGUUUUUCUUUAGGUACAACAAGCAGACUGGGGGAAUUGUACCUUGAUUUCUGAAAUAUGAAAAGUCCUGUAUUUUCCCAUCCUAAAAAUCAAGAGUGAACAACACUGGAGGUGUGUGCAUAUAUUGUACAUCAAGAUAGGGAGGCUGUGAUAAAGCAGUGUUUAGGCUGGCCUAUAACCUAGCCUUUCGAACACACCUCCCCCUGGCUGCUAUAGAAGCAGGCUUUAGCCCGGAGUAUAGCUUUAUUUCACUCCCCUCUCUUUUUAAAGAUUUUUCUUCUACCACUCCAUCCCUUUUGCACUUUUCUACAUUUCACAGAUCGCCUUUUUGUUUCUUUCCUUUUCAGUCCUGAGCUCUUGGGGGCAUCAAUAUGAUUUAGAAAAGGUGUGGGGGGGGGAGAGGCCGGGAAGGACAGAUUUGCUGCUACAGACAAGGUGAAAAGUCAAUUUUACAAUUUGUAGGACUCUAAUGAAGAAAAAUGAGCAUGAAAAUUUGGUUUGAACGCCCUGACAAUGCAGUGAAAGGGCUUAGAGGAGGCGGAUUCAGCUGGGUGCAUGGGCCUCCUGCUAGGGACUUAGCGUGCCAAAUGCCCAAUAGACCCCUAAGGCUCAGGAUGCAGUUUUGCCUCUCCCAGGCAAAGCUCUGAAUCCCAAGAUGAUCAGUCCUGAAAGAAGGCAAACUAGAAACUAGGAUCAUCUGUUGUGGCUCUUGACUUCCACUGCUGUCUUGUACUUGAGAAGAACCAGAGAUGGGGCAUUCACCGACUGGCUCCAAUGCUAGUUUAAUUUAUUCAAAAGCUUUCGUUCAUAUGAAAAAUGUAUUUUUGUAAAUAAAGAGCU